CCCUAGUCGUCCUUCACUAGAAGCUGCUGCGCCAUGUCAGCCUUCCUUUGUGUUAGCUUGGGGGGUCUUUCUCCCCGUCUUUAUUUCCUGGACGGGAUCCGUACUUUUCUUUCUUUUUUCGUCGUAUACAUUUUCCCCUUCGCGUACCCAUGCGUGUGGUCUCUGCCUUGUGACCGGCAUGAACCACAUCUACUGACAUAACUUUGUUUGAGCCUGGAGAAUCAACCUGAGGCUCGCAUACCGUUGUCAUACAGUAGUUGAGACCAAUCGGUCAUAUACUGACCACCUUGUGUCACCACACACAUCACAAUAUACCGUCCAUUGCAAUUCCACCCGAGAGCUUAUAAACCCAUCACUGUGCUACAACACAUCCGCGGAACAGGGUCAGUCAAGCACAGGACCCAGCAACUGGCAGGAUGUCUGGCAUGGACCAGACCAACGACAGACCUGGUGAAUACUACACCACCGAGGCUCCCUGGGACACAUACAGUACAACAGCCGAAGAAUAUGCCACUUCAACAAACGAGGUGGAAUGGGGCACCACACGCGCCACGACAGCAACAACAGAACACUAUCCCGGAGAAAGCACCACCACCGCACAUCAAUGGUCCCCAUUCGUCACCGAGACAUCGACCAGCGCUCAGCCCACGACCGCCACCGCAAGCACAUCUCAAUCAUCCACAACAUCGACAACCACCUCCUCCGCCUCCUCCAAAAGCAACAGUAGCAACAACACCAAAACCAUCGCCAUCGCCGUCCCCGUCGCAGUAGUCGGAGCAGCUAUCAUCGCGGCCCUACUCUUCUUCAUCUUCAGACGCCGCCGCCAACGCAACCAACACCAUAACCAACCCAUCCCCCAAACCGACAUGAUGGCCGUCACCGUCCCUCGCGAUAUCCAACCCCCACCCAACAGAUCCUCAACCUGGGAAUUUGCCCCCACCAACUCUCACGAUAUACCCUUCUCAGGGCCCAUCCCCGGCCGACCCAUCACCACUACCACCCCUACUACCACCGACCAACCCCGCAACCUCGAUCCGACCUCAAGCACCCACACCAACACCCUCCCUACCGAAGACCCCCUACAGCAGGAGCAACAUCUCGCACCAACCGACUCCCGACCCGUAAUUACCCCCACCAUCCCCGCCUGGCCCGAUCAAACCCAACCCCAACCCCAAAACAGACCCACCUCCCCCUUCGACCAUCCCCUCGACGACGCUGUAUCCGAGAUCUCGCGCCGAUCCAGAGACUUGGAUGAUAUAUCCUCUGUGUCGUCAUUCGGGGAGGAUGACGAUGAUGAGCGUCGACCGGCGAUGCAUCGUGCUUGAGAUUUGGGUGCUUAGUUGGCGUUAGAUGUGGAUUAUGAAUGAAUAUGAGUACGAAUAUUAUUGUGGAUCUGGAUUUGGAUUUGAAUUUGAAUUAUGGGAUGGGUGGGUGGAUCUAGGUAGUAGUAUGUAUUAUCACUCGCUUUACAUUUGAUGAAAAAGACGAAGAAGAACGGUUGUUCUGUGAGGGAGAAAGGGUUGCAUGCAUAUCAUACCAUACCAUAUCUACUGUCGCUAUUGUACAUACAUGCAUACAUACUUACAUAACGGGUUAGGACUAAAUCAGAGGAAUGGCAAUUGAAGAUGUUUGGGAGGGAUUUAUGACAGGGAGCUCAGGAGGGAUAUAUAUCUUUCUUGAAAAAAUAUCAU